ACAUCAAUCCGGUUCAAGACCACUCUUAUGAAUACCCUCGUGGAUGUCCUUCACCACAGGCCAGGAUGGGUGGAAGUAAAGGAGGAAGGGGAGUGGGAUUUCUACUGGUGCGAUGUCAGCUGGCUCAGGGAGAAUUUCGACCACACCUACAUGGAUGAGCACGUGCGGAUCAGUCACUUCCGAAACCACUACGAGCUGACCCGCAAGAACUACAUGGUGAAGAACCUGAAGCGCUUCCGGAAACAGCUGGAGCGCGAGGCGGGAAAGCUGGAGGCAGCCAAGUGCGACUUCUUCCCGAAAACCUUUGAGAUGCCCUGCGAGUACCAUUUGUUUGUGGAGGAGUUUCGCAAAAACCCAGGAAUCACCUGGAUCAUGAAGCCUGUAGCCCGGUCGCAGGGGAAGGGCAUCUUCCUCUUCCGGAGACUGAAGGACAUCAUGGACUGGAAGAAGGACACAAGAAGUUCUGCUGACCAGAAAGGUGAUAUUCCCGUGGAGAACUAUGUAGCUCAGCGUUACAUUGAAAAUCCCUACCUGAUAGGAGGCCGCAAGUUUGACCUGCGCAUCUACGUGCUGGUGAUGUCGUACAUGCCGCUGCGAGCCUGGCUGUACCGGGAUGGCUUCGCCCGAUUCUCCAACACCCGCUUCACGCUGAACAGCAUUGAUGACCAGUAUGUUCACCUCACCAAUGUCGCCGUGCAAAAGACGUCUCCCGACUACCACCCAAAGAAGGGCUGCAAGUGGAUGCUGCAGCGCUUCCGGCAGUAUCUGGCGUCCAAGCAUGGGCCCAAGGCAGUGGAGACGCUCUUCGGUGACAUGGACAACAUCUUCAUCAGAAGCCUGCAGAGCGUACAGAAGGUGAUCAUCAGUGACAAGCACUGCUUCGAGCUGUAUGGCUAUGACAUCCUCAUAGACCAGGACCUCAAGCCGUGGCUCCUGGAGGUCAAUGCAUCCCCAUCACUGACAGCCAGCAGCCAGGAGGACUAUGAGCUCAAGACCUGCCUCCUGGAAGACACCCUGCACAUCGUGGACAUGGAGGCCAGACUCACGGGAAGGGAGAAGCGAGUGGGAGGCUUCGACCUCAUGUGGAACGAUGGCCCUGUCAGCAGAGAAGACGGGGCUCAUGACCUGUCGGGGCUGGGGAACUUUGUGACCAACACGCACCUUGGCUGCGUCAAUGAUCGGAAAAAACAGCUGAGGCAGCUGUUCCGCUCCCUUCAAGGCCAGAAGAAAACUCCCAACUAA